CUGGGGCGGAGACCAAGCGAGCUUUCUCCUCGAUCGCGAACGCCUAGCGAUUGCUCCUGUCUGUAGUGUAGGUAUGGCGUUCGCGAGGGAACCGAGAGGCGGCGGGAACCCCCGGGGUCUCGCUCUGUGCUGACCGCGACCCAGGGUCGAGUGGGCUAUGGGGGAUCCUGACUCCCUGGUCACGGAAGGCCGCGCUGGUGACCGGAGCUGGUGCUUGCGGCGUGUGGGGAUGAACGCCGAGUGGCUGCUGCUGGAGGAUGGAAACGAGGUGACUGUAGGGCGAGGAUUUGGUGUCACAUACCAGUUGGUAUCAAAAAUCUGCCCUCUGAUGAUUUCCCGAAACCACUGUAUUUUGAAGCAGAAUGCCGAGGGCCAAUGGACAAUUAUGGACAACAAGAGUCUGAAUGGUGUUUGGCUGAACAGAGAACGUCUAGAACCUUUAAAGGUCUAUUCUAUCCAUAAUGGAGAUCACAUCCAGCUUGGGGUGCCUCUGGAAAAUAAAGAGAAUGCAGAGUAUGAAUAUGAAGUUACUGAAGAAGACUGGGAGAGGAUUUAUCCUUGUCUUUCCCCAAAAAGUGACCAGAUGAUGGAAAAAAAUAAGGGAUUGAGAACUAAAAGGAAAUUUAGUUUGAAUGAAUUAGAGGGUUCUGGAGCUGAAGGCCCCUCAAAUUUGAAAUCCAAAAUAAGUAAAGUGUCUUGUGAACCUGGUCAGCCAGUGAAGUCACAUGGGAAGGGUGAAGUGGCUAGUCAACCCUCUGAAUAUUUUGAUCCCAAGUUGACUUCUCUUCAGCUAAGUGGGAAGACCACAGGGGCUCAUGUUCACCCAGGCCCUGCAAAAGUUGUAGAGCUUCAUUAUAAGAAGCAGAAAGCCUCAAAUCCUUCAGCAUCUCAGAGCAGCUUAGAGCUGUUUAAGGUAAAGAUGUCCAGGAUUCUAAAGCUGAAAACACAGAUGCAGGAAAAGCAGGUAGCUGUUCUGAAUGUGAAAAAGCAGACCCAAAAAGGGAACUCAAAGAAAAUUGUGAAAAUGGAGCAGGAACUGCAGGAUUUACAGUCUCAGCUGUGUGCAGAGCAGGCCCAACAGCAGGCCAGAGUGGAGCAGCUGGAGAAGACUUUCCAGGAAGAGCAGCAGCAUCUCCAGGGUUUGGAGAAAGAGCAAGGAGAAGAGGACCUGAAGCAACAGCUGGCCCAGGCUCUGCAGGAGCAUCGGGCUCUGAUGGAAGAGCUAAAUCGCAGCAAGAAGGACUUUGAAGCAAUCAUUCAAGCCAAGAACAAAGAACUGGAGCAGACCAAGGAAGAGAAGGAGAAGGUGGAAGCACAGAAGGAGGAAGUUCUUAGCCAUGUGAAUGACGUGCUAGAGAAUGAGCUCCAGUGUAUUAUUUGUUCAGAAUACUUCAUUGAGGCUGUCACCUUGAACUGUGCCCAUAGUUUCUGCUCCUACUGUAUCAGUGAGUGGAUGAAGCGGAAGAUAGAAUGCCCCAUUUGUCGGAAGGACAUCAAGUCGAAAACCCACUCCCUGGUUCUAGACAAUUGCAUUAAUAAGAUGGUAGAUAAUCUGAGCUCGGAAGUGAAAGAACGACGAAUUGUCCUCAUCAGGGAACGAAAAGCAAAGAGACUGUCCUGAAGACCGUGCUCCAAGGGCAUUUGAAAGACUGCCAGGCAGUGGGAACUUGGGAUGGUCUGGAGGAUUCUCUGUGGACAGAUCUGGGGCCGCUCUGAGACAGAGCAUGGGAUAGAGCCACGUGGGACAGAGACUGAGUUAGGAAGUCUCCGUCACCACCCUCCAUGUUGGCCAUCCCUGCUGCCACCAUUGUCUGAAGCACCGACUGCUUCAGAGUACUUAAGAGACUCUGCUUCACUACACUGAACAGGUUAUAUAUUUCUGUUGUCCUUUUUUUUUUUUUUCCUUUUAAAAUUUGUUGUUGUUGUUAUUGUUUUGGUACCUCAGAAGCACCUCUGUUAUAUGUUUUGGGCUGGUUGGGUGUAUCCCUAUGGCUGCCCCUGAAGGUGAAGGCAGCCUCUCUCUGAGAGGAUGGCAUACCUCUUCUUUGUGAAAACAAUGUCAUUUCCUGGAAAUAAAAUGUAAAACCU